AUGGCUUCUUCUUCCUCUCCUGACGUCGCCUCUGUCGCGCAGUUCGUGGACGGCUCAUUGGAGCUGCUCGCUGUGAAUACAGCGCUGUCCUCCGCUCUUUUCGGUGCCACGACCGCGUUCGCGCUCGUCUCUACCUCGGUGCUGCUGUACGCGCAUCGAUAUCGCGGAGUUCGAGAACGCGCCAUCCGCGCCCUUCUGCUGGCGUCUGUCGUUCUAUAUGCCCCGACAUGUGUCUUCUACGGAUGCACUCUGGCGACGCAGAGUAUCAAUAACCGCAGAAUCUCUGCCACUGUGUCGGCUUUGGACCCCGUCCUGUCGACGGCAGACGCCAAGUCGGAAGUUCAGGCGCGAAGAGACAACGAUCUCCACGUCGUAAUGACUUUAGCUCUCACUCUCAACAUCACAGUGAGCGACACUGUCGUGUGGUGGCGCGCGGUCGCAAUUUGGGGAUACAACAAGAUCGUCAUCGCGAUCGGCGCUGUCUUGAUCAUUGGGUCUACAGGUCAGUGGUCCGUGUUACUUCUGAGCGCAGAGGGUGGAUCUGAACUAUUCGUAGCCAUCUCCAUUGUAGCCACCUCGCAUAUAAAGCCCCACCCAGCGGAGAUCCAGCUAGUUGAGAACGUCUCUUUCUUGGCUGGGGAUCUCACUGGGAUGCUCGGCGUUAUGGUCUCGCUGCUGACAAACGCGCUCGCGACGAUUCUGAUGUCGAUAAAAGCCUGGAGUCAUUGGCGUUUCCUCCGGACGUACCUGUCCGAGACGCCGCUCUGUUCUCGUGCUGUGCGAUCGAUCCUAUUGCUGGUCGAAUGCGGUGCUGCGUACUGUAUCAUCUGGGUGCAGAUUCUGUUCGCCGUACCGUACGGGCAAUCCGUCCGGGCGCAACACUCGCCAUUCGUGCAGCAAGGCCAGUUCUUCAGCGCGUACAACACAAGCUUCAUCGUGAUACAAACCUGUCUUGUAUCUGUCGUCGCAAUGUAUCCGAUGGGCGUGAUCGUGAUCUUUGCUCUAAAGCAGUCCCCUCUCGAUAACGCCUCUGCGGCACAGCAGUCUCUGGCAUUCGGCACGUGGCGGGACGUCGAGAGUGUUCCCGAGCCCGAAGUGGUGGACGUCGAGCUAACCCGGCCAUUUGGGGAACAUAAAUGA